AUUUUGAAAAAACAACGGAAGUGGGUGUGCUGCUACGAUAGCUCGUUAUUAUAAGAGCUCAUCUAUAGCUUUGUGGUUAGGUUGGCAGUAGGUUGUUUUGUUGAAAGCCGCCCGGGGUUCCCAAUCGUCGCCACUGCAAAAUCGGUUAUUACAGCGGCGCACCAGACGGACUAACGUUAUAGGUUACAGAUGGAACAGCAGGACCAGUCCUAUAUGUUUGCCAGUCUGAAACGGCCUCACUCAGAACAGCUGCUGCAAGGCCUCCAGCUCUUGCGGCAGGAUCACGAACUAUGUGACAUUGUCCUGCGUGUGGGUGAUGCCAAGAUCCAUGCACACAAAGUAGUGCUGGCCAGCAUCAGCCCUUACUUUAAGGCCAUGUUCACGGGUAACCUGUCAGAAAAGGAGACCUCCGAGGUGGAAUUCCAGUGCAUCGAUGAGACUGCCUUGCAGGCCAUCGUUGAGUAUGCAUACACUGGCACAGUGUUUAUCUCCCAGGAAACAGUGGAAUCUCUGCUACCGGCUGCCGAUUUACUCCAGGUUAAGCUAGUACUUAAGGAGUGCUGCUCCUUCUUAGAGAGCCAGCUGGAUGCUGGAAACUGUAUAGGCAUCUCCCGCUUUGCAGAGACUUAUGGCUGUCAUGACCUGUGCCUGGCUGCAACUAAAUUCAUCUGUGAGAACUUUGAGGAAGUUUGUCUAACAGAGGAGUUUUUUGAACUGACAAGGGCGGAGUUGGAUGAAAUUGUGUCCAAUGACUGCCUUAAGGUGGUCACAGAGGAGACUGUAUUUUACGCCCUGGAAUCGUGGAUCAAAUAUGAUGUAACUGAGAGACAGCAGCAUCUGGCUCAGCUGUUGCACUGUGUUCGUCUUCCACUCCUAAGCGUUAAAUUUCUCACUCGCCUAUAUGAAGCCAACCACCUCAUACGAGAUGACCACGCAUGCAAGCACCUGCUCAAUGAGGCCCUCAAAUAUCAUUUUAUGCCUGAGCAUCGGCUCUCCUAUCAGACUGUGUUGUCGGCACGGCCCAGGUGUGCCCCGAAGGUGCUGCUUGCGGUAGGAGGCAAGGCAGGACUGUUUGCAACAUUAGAAAGCAUAGAAAUGUAUUUCCCUCGGACAGAUUCAUGGAUAGGUCUGGCCCCUCUCGGUGUACCCCGUUAUGAAUUUGGAGUAGCAGUGCUGAACCACAAGGUGUAUGUGGUGGGAGGCAUCGCCACACACAUGAGACAGGGCAUUAGCUAUCGGAGACACGAGAGCACAGUGGAGAGCUGGGACCCCGAAAGCAACACCUGGUCCUCUGUGGAGCGCAUGGCUGAGUGCCGCAGCACACUCGGUGUGGUGGUCCUGGCCGGCGAGCUGUAUGCCCUUGGAGGCUAUGACGGCCAAUAUUACCUCCAGUCGGUGGAGAAAUAUGUCCCCAAGUUGAAGGAGUGGCAGCCUGUGGCCCCCAUGACCAAGUCUCGCAGCUGCUUUGCCACCGCUGUGCUGGAUGGCAUGGUGUACGCUAUUGGAGGCUAUGGCCCAGCCCAUAUGAACAGUGUGGAGCGGUACGACACCAGCAAAGAUGCCUGGGAAAUGGUAGCCCCCAUGGCAGAUAAGAGGAUCAACUUUGGAGUAGGCGUCAUGCUCGGCUUCAUAUUUGUGGUGGGUGGACAUAAUGGAGUGUCACACCUGUCUAGCAUUGAGAGGUAUGAUCCACAUCAGAACCAGUGGACAGCCUGUCGACCAAUGAAUGAACCACGCACUGGUGUGGGAUCUGCCAUCGUGGACAACUACCUCUAUGUGGUAGGAGGUCACUCCGGAUCAUCCUACCUGAACACUGUCCAGCGCUAUGACCCCAUCUCGGACAGCUGGUUGGACUCGAGCGGCAUGAUGUAUUGCCGUUGCAACUUUGGUCUGACGGCCCUUUGACCCAUGGCCCAGCCAGCUAGGACCCAAUAAGAGAACUUAGACACAAAGACGUUUCUUUUUUGUUGUCUCCUCCUCCUACCCCACAUUCAUCCUCCAGGUGUAGAGGAGCACUGCACACCGUGAACACCAGAGGAGAGGGAGCCUACUGAGUGGAUGGACGUGCCGGGCUAGCUGGCCGGCUAGAGGGGGACCACAGACAUGGCUGCAGAGAUGAGAGAGAGCUGCAAAGUUGUGCGGAACUGAGAGGAAGAUCAUUGGACAGCUGUUGUCACUGGCACGAGGAGAUGACCGCUCUACUGCUGCUGGACCACAAUGAGAACUCUGAGCCAUUUCCCUAGAGGAUUGUGGGAGAAAACUUGUCACUUUUGUUUCAAAAUUCUGUUAUGUUAGCAGAUCUUUUUAUUUUUUUUCCCUUAAUGCCAUUAAUUGUGUUUAACACGCAAAUCUUUUUUUUAUUAUUAUUAUUAUUAUUAAUUUCCCUGCUGCAGCUGGAACCAUGUGUUCAGAUUUUGUAGAACACCGCAGUUGGCUGGUGUUUUUGUAUGAAUAUGUGGUUGUUGGCCAUGUAGUGUGUAUGUCUGUGUGUUUGCUCAAGAGGCACAUGCAUGUCAGAUAGGAUUGUUUGUUUUGUUAACGUGUCUGGGUGCAGAGCUGAUGCUUGGACUCGGCGACGCAAGAGUUCUGCAUCAAAAUCAGUGCUUCACAAAAAAGAGAAGUUGUAAUCUUUAUAUUUUCAAAAAAGGGCUGCCUUUUUCCUCUCGUAAAUAGUCUAAAUAAAAUAUAUGGAAUAUAUUCUCUAGUGCAUUGCCUGUAAAAUGUCUUUCUGCACUGGGUCACUAGUGUGCGUGCGGAUGUGUGUGUAGUUUGAUUCUGAGGUUCAUUGUAGAGCUGAGUGACAAAUUCUCCUAAGAGUGUUCAUCACUUAGUUUCUGCUUCAUCCUCGGAGCCAUUUAAAAAAAAAAAAAAAAAAAAUCCAUCUUCUAGCUUCUGUUACAUCUUCCAAAGGUCAGGUCGUGCACUUGCUACUCUUUAGUUGAAAUUGACCAUGGCCCUUUUUUUCACCCUUUGGUCUGUACAGUAUACCAACUGGUGCUAUAUUUAGGUUUCAGGAUUCAGCUGUUUGUCUGUGUUGCCUCACACAAUUAGGUCAAGCUCUGUUACUUGCUACUGCGUAAGAUGGUAGUUAAUAGGCGCAUUUGAAUGCGUAUAAUUGAAUGGCCCCCAACCAUGCAAUAAAAUAAAUUCCUACUGCAAUGGAAGCCUGUGGUUGGAAAACUGCAAACUUCUAGCCUCAUGAAUAUCUAAAAAGUCUGAACGUUAGCACCGUUUUUCUGCCUGUGAUUGGGUCAAAGUUUCCUCUUUUCACUUGCCAACUCCCUACUAAACAUGUGAUUCUCAUGUAGCCAUGGUCUUGCUUGCAAGCUCAGGUUUGAGGUAAUCCAUUCACAACUUCAUGUGAAGUGCCAAAACAUGAACUUUUGUUUUUGCAUCUUUCCCACCUCCUGUGCUACAAACCGCUUCCUUGUGUGCCACAAUUUAAACAUUAUCUUCCUGUCCUUAUUGCCAAUGUAUUAGCAUGAUAUUCUUCUAUGCUGUCCUAUGGAGAUGGGAUGAUAGAGCACCAAGGGCUGUGCCAGCCAACUAGGGCCAUGUUUCCACUGUCACCAGUCCUGUGUUCUGGGAGAGAGACCAGAGUGCUCCCCAGGCUCUGCAACCUUGGGUUAGGUUAACGGAUAGGUCAAGCAAUGCACAGCAAUAGAAGGCACUAGACUAGGAAAGGAUAGGUGUAGCGUGUCUUGUUGAGUCACUUUAUGUCCUAGUUUGAGUUGCUUUGUGCACUGAUGUUUGCACAUAAGUGGAAACUUUAACCAAGCUCUGCAUUGCACUUACAAACUAUUUGAUACAUAUUGUAAUUUGUACAUAUGCUUUAAUUUAGGAUAAUGGCAUUUAGAUAAUGCAAUAAGACUUCUGUUCUCUCUUUGUGUUUGUUUUUGUCUCUUCAAAAGACAAGGCAUCUCAUAUUGCUGUAACAGAACAUGGCAUGUUUGUUGAUUCACACUGUUGGCUGGUAAUGUUGACAUCUAAAGAAACAUCAAAUGGGAACAUUGACUUUGCCUCAUCCUACAGGGCAUUUUAUGUUGUCAUUUUGUUGUACUGGGUCAUUUGUACAAGGCAUAUGUUUAUUGAGGCAGAUUCAGAUGGAUUGCUCACAAUCAUUGCAUUAAUUAUGACAAAGGGCCAAAUUUGAGGUAUACACAUUUUAUUUUUUAAAUUCUGCCACUUUCACCACAAGUCUUGUAAAUGUUAAACAGGAUAUGUGCUCAUCCACUUGUACUCCAAACUUCAUGAGUUGAUGAUUAGGGACACCAUGACUACAGAUGGGGACUUUAAUGUUUGGCUUGCAAAUUGGUGAGACAUUUAAUUAGUUGCAUUACUAUAUAGAGUACUUUCCUUUACUUUUAAAAGUAAGAUAUAAGCAAGCUAAGCGUAUUCCUGCAAAUAUUUCAUUUUAUUUUAGAAAGAUGUGAAUGACUUUUUUGUAUUUAUAAUUUGUAUUUAUGUUGUGUAACCUGAUUUUGUUUGCUAAUUGUUUUGUACUAGGUUUUGUUGGUCACUCUACAGCCAUGGCACAAAUCACGCAGGCGUAAUUAUGUGCUACAGCCAUGAUUCCUCUAGCAUCAAUGUUACGUAAAGUGUCAUGAUUUUUGAGGUGUAUAUUAAUUGCUUUAAUCCAUUUGAGAGACAAAGAAAAUCUGCAAACGUUAAUCUGCAAAAAGAAGGGAUGUUAAAAAUUGAGUUUGUAUGUAUUUUCAUUUUGGCCUAACCAAUGUCAUGUUUUUGCCACCACUCUCACCAAAGUGCUUGUUCAAAGAAAGCAGUUGGAUGACUAACACCUUCGUCUGCAAUGGACUCCCACUGUUUGUCUGAAAGAAAGAUUCUUUGAAACUGAUGUCAACGUUAAGCAAAUGACCACUCUGCUUCUUUUACAUUUCCCAUUGUGUGGCUGGAGUAAAGGUGAUGAUGAUCUUGAAUUUUCUAUCCUGUGGAUUAAUACUGGAAGUACAAGAUAACCUUAGGUGUAGAAACAGUAGCUUUUCACAUUUUGUCAUGUUUUGAUUGAAGACAUUUUAGUCUGUUUGUGUGGUGCAGUUGUGCCCAGUUUAAAAUAAAUGCCUGCCUUAAAAGGU